AGCACUGACUGGGAUGUUCGGGGUGAGGGCAACCUGUUCUGUGCACCCCAGGGUUCUGGCUGCGGAGGAGUGCGACCUGGGGUAUUUAGGGGACCCUGCAGUGGCAGCCAGGCCAAGGCAGGACGGGGAACGCCCAUGUUUGCAGCUCCCUCUGUGGCACUGUGCGCAGCGAAUGUUUGCCUCUCAGACGGAGGGGGAACUCAAAGUGACCCAGGUUCUCAAAGAAAAGUUUCCUCGAGCCACAGCUAUUCAAGUCACAGACAUCUCAGGAGGCUGCGGGGCCAUGUAUGAAAUUAAAAUCGAAUCGGAAGAAUUUAAAGAGAAGAGGACUGUCCAGCAGCACCAGAUGGUCAAUCAGGCACUAAAAGAAGAGAUCAAGGGCAUGCACGGCCUUCGGAUCUUCACCUCUGUCCCCAAGUGCUGACAGCUGACUGACUGCUCACGCUUAAAACCUGGAGUGCACUUCGCUCACAGCAGUAUUUUAGAAAAUCCCUGCCCACCUACAAAAAUAUCUAUUUUUUGUUCAUAGACAUUUCUAUAUUAUAAUUAUGGGAGAUACAUUGUCUAUUUAGAGUUAAUUAAAGUUCACAGGUGCCUCCUGCUCAGAACAGAUGUGCCAUGCUUCAGGUGCCCCCUUUCAGAAGCAGUGACUUUUGCUCACACUGUUGGAGUCUCUGUACAGUUCAUCCUACUCCUGGACACAGAGUGAAGGCCAGAGUUUUGGUUGGUUUUGCUUUUUGAAACAGGAUCUCAUUGUGUAGCCCUGGCUGGCCUGGAACUAUUUAGACCAGGCUAACUUGAACUUCUAGGUCUCCUGCUUGGAUGAAAGGCGUGUGUCACCAUGCCUGAUGCCAGGGUUUUGGUUCUAUGAAGUUUUAGGGACUCUCUCCUCCCAUACUUCUAUUAGAAUGACGAACCCCCAGUUUCUCAUCUGCAUCUGGUGGGGUGAGUUUGCCAGCAGCUGCACUUUUAAAGCUGACCUUGCACACACUCACCCUGGGCUCUGGGGGUGACUCUGGGAAGCUGGGACAUCUGUCUGGAUGUCAGGGUCACCAAGUCUGGUGUUCUGGGUAGACAUUCUAGUGUCUGAUGCUCAGUCAGUGUCUCCGCAUCCACGACAGUAGGCAGAGGGUGCAGGCUGACUUUCACCCAGCUUCAGGGCCUGCCUUCUUGUGUUUCCAGGAGCUGGCUCACCAGUGUUCCCCUAAAUCCAGUGGCCAAAUACCUCGAAUGUGGCUUCUGCCUUCCCGGCCAUCCCCACAUCCCUCACAUCCUCACUGAAUAGUUUUUUGUUUUUUAAGACAGGGUCUUUCUACAGAGUUCUAGCUGUUCUGGAACUCACUGUGGACACACCAGGAUGGCCUCGAACUCAGAGAUCCACCUGCUUCUGCCUCUGGAGUGAUGGGAUUAAAACCUGCACCACACCUGGCGACAGCUUUUUUUAAAAAUCUGUGUGCGCAUGUGCAUGAGGUUGUGCUUAUUGUACGUGUGCUACAGUGCACACUCGGGAGGCAGAGAAAACAUGCAGAUCUGAGUCCUGGGGUCUGAACUCAGGCUUGGCAGUGAGCACUUUUACCAGCUGAGUCUAUAGGUGUUCUGGGCAUCUUAAGAUGUCUUAGGUCUGCGUGGGAAGUCACUUAAUCUUCAUAACUUUAGACCAAGUGUGAAAACCCACCAGGGUCCCAGCUUUGGAGGGCUCUGCUGUGGUCUUCUUCCAGCACACCCCUCCCUGCGAGUGGGCAUAAAGUGUCUGUCAUGGUGGGCUCAUGUUAGUCUGAGUUAGUCAAAAGCCCGUGCCAGGAUACGGGUGGGCUAACAGUCACGAGGAAGAGCGGGCUUGUGGACGCUUAGGGGUAGAAUCCAGAUUUGGUAUGAGGAUGCCACUAGGAAGGAGGAGGGAGGCCUGGCAGAGUGGCUUUGAUUUUGUGGCACUUACUGCUUCAGCUCUGACAAAUUGCCAUGGAGCACCAUGCAGCCACCCAGAAGUCACCAGUGAGGCCAGAGCAAGUCAUGGCUUUGUAGAGCCCUGACACUGGUAGUCACACAAAGGCAGGUGGCUGCAGCGGGACUCAAUGCCUGGACACUGCAACUCAAUGCCAUGAGCUAUAAAGCUCAUGUUUGAGAGCCACGUGACUGAGUCAGUCAUAGGAAAAUUACUGGACCAGGAGGUGGCCACAAAGUCUGAUGAUCUGAGACCUGAGCUGGGGUCCUACAGCCUACAUGGGAGGAGGAGAGGACCCAUUCCCGCCGGUGGGCUGCCAACCUUUACAUGUGUGCCAGGGCGGGCAUCUCUCCCAGCUGUCAUGUACCCAAUAUAAGAAAAGAAAAAAAAAGUUUCAAAACACCCA